AUGACCAGAAUUGCAAGUUCCCCAGUUGUUGGUUGGCCUUCAAUUAGGUCAUGCAGGAAAAACCUUGUAAUCAACAGCUUGUCAAAAUCAAAGGAAAAUGGAGGAAAACCAGAAAAUCCCUUUGUAAAGAUCAAAAUGGAAGGGAUCCCUAUUGGAAGGAAAGUGAAUCUCAAUGCCUAUGGUAGCUAUGAAGAACUCUCAUUUGCCAUAGAUAAACUAUUCAGUUGUCUACUUGCAGCUCAAAGAGAUACAUCUGCAACUCAAAAUGGAAACAAGAUUGAGAGUUCAUUAGCUAGAAAUGGGGAAUAUACUUUAGUUUAUGACGAUGAUGAAGGAGAUGUUCCAUGA